AUGGCCGACGAUUUGCCCAUCAAUACAAAGCUCAAUGGAGGGCCACUUUUCGCCGGCCCAGACCCGACGCCCGCUCCAAUUGAGCGUCCAGGUCACGAGGUUGCACCGCCUGCCGAAGUUCAACUCGUCGACCUCGAUGCAAUGAAGGAUCCAGUUUGGGUCGACGCCCUCCAGAGAUUUAUCGACAGACCCGAUGUCUUGCGAGAGAUCCAGCCAGUGUAUGCCGAGACGUUCGAGCAUGCAAGAAAACCCAUCAAGCCAUCCAGAAACCCGAAAAGGGAGAUCUUUGGUGCUACGCUGUAUAAUACAAAGCUCGCCGCAGGGAGUGCUGACGUUGAACUUCGCCAUUUCAACUCUCAAGCGAAAAAGACCUGGCUUGCGUUGCUACAAAAGGCCAAGACGAUGCUGGAAGAAGAUUACGAGGCUGUCAAGGGGAUGGUCCCACUCUUCGAUUGGGAUGCUGAUAAAGACGGCGGGCUAGAGGAGCAGGAGCAUUUCCGGGCGCUCUUAAGGGUGCGAAAACGAAGCGUUGAGUUAAUGGAGCAGCAACUCAGGAAGGCGGUAAAGCUUGCGAAGGUGGUCGCGGAGCAGGCUAGCAAGUAG